UCGCGCCGCGCCGGCCGCGCUCAGUCGAUGCGCGCAGUUCGUGUUGCACGCGUGUACGGUGCGUGGCUACGUCGUACUUUUUCCACUCUUCCGCCGAGUCUCCCGCCCGCCUCACCGACGGUCGACCUCCCCUCCGGGCUGCCGGGCCGCCGCGUCGCCGAGAAGACCUGAGAAGACACCCGAGAAGAGGAGAGUCCGCCGAGUUGCACGCGCGCGCGUCGAGCGAGCACGACGCGUUUUUCCCCCCGCCGAGUGGCUUGCACACCGCAAGGGCAAAUAUCGCGAGAGUGCCGGUGGAGAGUGAGUCCGCGAGAUGAGUACUCCGGUGAAGAAGGUGCCCAUUCAUCUGCAGAGCGCGCAGAACAGAUUGCUAAUUAAAAAUGGCAAGGUCGUGAACGACGAUGGGAUAAUCGACAGCGAUGUCUACAUCGAGGAUGGCAUCAUCAGGCAAAUGGGGCGCAAUCUCAUUAUUCCGGGUGGCACGAGGACUAUCGAUGCUCGUGGAAGAUACGUGAUGCCCGGUGGCAUAGAUCCGCACACGCAUUUCGAGUUUGAAUUUAUGGGUACCAAGUCGGUAGAUGACUUUUAUCAGGGCACGAAGGCCGCUGUCGCCGGAGGCACCACGAUGAUCAUCGAUUUUGUGGUAUCGCGAAAAGACGAGAGCCUGGUGGAGGCUUACGAGAGAUACAGGGAGUCGGCGGAUCAAAAAGUGUGCUGCGAUUAUGCGCUGCACGUCGCCGUCACUUCUUGGAAUCCGAAGGUCAAAGAGGACAUGGCGACGUUGGCGAAGGACCACGGCGUCGGUAGCUUCAAAAUGUUUAUGGCGUACCGCGACAUGUUCAUGCUCAGAGAUCCAGAGCUGAUCGAGACUUUCAAGGCGUGUAAAGAGAUCGGCGCCAUUGCUAUGGUGCAUGCGGAGAACGGUGAUCUUAUCGCGGAGAAUGCGAAGAAAUUACUGGACGCAGGAGUAACCGGCCCGGAAGGCCACGAGAUGUCACGCCCCGAAGAGGUUGAAGCGGAGGCUGUUAAUAGAGCGUGUGUUAUCGCGAGUCAGGCGAAUAGUCCGUUGUACAUAACGGCGAUUUCGAGCAAGUCGGCUGCCGAUGUCGUGUCGGCGAAGCGGUCGGACGGUAUCAUCGUUUUUGGGGAAACCCUGGCGAGCACCAUCGGUAUCGAUGGUAGCGAGCAGUACAGCAAAGACGUGGAGAAAGCAAGACGUUUUAUUACUAACCCUCCGUUGCGGCCUGACCCAACGACACCUGCCUAUCUAACCGAACACCUGGCCCAAGAUAAUCUUCAAGUUACCGGUAGCGACAAUUGCACGUUCAACACCGAUCAAAAGGCCCUGGGCAAAGACGAUUUUACAAAGAUUCCCAAUGGCGUGAACGGUGUGGAGGACAGAAUGGCGGUGCUCUGGGAAAAGGGUGUACACGCUGGCAUAAUGGACCCCAUGCGAUUUGUUGCGGUCACCAGCACGAACGCCGCGAAAAUCUUCAACCUGUAUCCUCGAAAGGGUGUUAUAGCUGUCGGCUCGGACGCUGACAUUGUCGUCUGGGAUCCCAACAGGAAACGCACCAUUUCCGCCGAGACCCAUGUCCAGGCCGUUGACUUCAACAUCUUCGAGGGUAUGGAAGUGACUGGCGUACCUGAAUACGUGAUUGUCAGUGGACGUGUAUGCGUGGACGAAUGUGAACUCAAAGCUGUUCAUGGUUUCGGAAAAUACGUAAACACGGAUCCAUUCUGCGCCUACGUGUACGACAUGAUAAAUGACAAGGAAAAGAAACCACGUGGGGUCGCACGAACCGAAGCGGAAGUGAAGAAAUUUGCCGAGGAAGAUGCUGCAAUUGCAAGGGCUAGGGAACAAGCGAGAGCUGCGGCUGCGGCUGCUGCUGCGGCACGAGCCAAUCAAAACGGUUCGCUCGGUAGUCCAAAGAUAAAAUUGCAACCUAGCACUUAUGCACCUACUUUACCGGAAUCAGCCGUGGUGACACCAUCCACGAAAGGCCCAAGACUCGAAGGACAGAGGAACCUACAAGAUACUACUUUCUCUAUCAGCGAGGAUGUCGAAGAAGCACGAAGAGCAUGCAUUCGCGUAAAUAAUCCACCGGGCGGGCGCAGUGCGGGAGGCUUUUGGAGACAAGAGAAAUGACAUGGACAACGACGAUUCCUCGCACAAAUAGAAUGUUUAUUAAUAAUAAGUGAUGUACACAUAAGAAAAUUACAGUAUAAUGAAAUAUACUGACGGAUCGCAUUCCCGGCCCGUGGACACACACAUAAAUGUCAAACUAAUACUUGGAUCGAUCGCGAAAUAAAGAUAGGAGAUAGCGCGUAGUCACUUACUUUUUGCUUUUAUAUAUAAAUACAUUUGUAAUUGUAAAUCCUUAUGAAAAGUAUACGUCGCGUAUUCGAAAUUGCCGUAUUGUAAAGAACGUCUUAUCAAUACGAUUACGAUAUAACAUCACAAUCUAACAAUAAAUAAAGGAAUAUGAAGAGAAUGUAUCUGUAACAGAGAAAGAAUAACAAUAGCUUGUACUGCUUGUACUCCACAUCUUUUAUAUUGUUCAUUGACUUCUUGAUCGACUAGUUAUUAUCUCGUUUAGGUCAACACUUUGAUAUAUGCAUGUAAGUUUAAAUAUAUGAAUAAAUAAUGCAAAUCACCAAAAAUAAUGACAGCAUCAA